AUGGAGACUGAAGCUGCCCCCGGCCAUGAAAUCCUUCCAUCCCGUUUCCUACCUCAAGCACCAGCAGCAGAUAGGAACCCACUUCUUUUUAUCGACAUCGCCAACCUGACAGACUCUGAAGUAGCUCAAACCGUCAGUAAUUUGCAGGAAUGUGUCAAGGAUAACGACGGAAAUGAAGCGGCGGCAUUGGUUCAAUUAUGGCGUCCUUCAAAUUCAGCGUUCCUCCAGCCACUCAGAGACAAACAUCAAGACAUGCUCAAGCGGUACUACAAGGAUAGUAAAACCAACCUUUACGGUCUUGCUGUCAUUGCUCACAGAUCCGGAUAUAACUUUUUCUUUGUUGCGGACGAUUACUUCAGACGUGGACUCAGGGAUGAGUCCAAUCCCGGUUUCAUUCCGACAAGCCAUGGCCACCGCGGCAUCAUGGUUGAUAUCAGAUCUCGGACCUCUGCAGACAGCGCACCGGAGAAUGACGAAAUCCAUGUUUUCGCUGUGCGAGAAACAAUAAGUGAUGGAAGACAUCGUAAUAUUCUCAAACGUGUGCGUCACGGCGUUACUCUCCUUGAUGUUCUUGGAAGAGACUGGAUGAACCGGUUCGAGCAAUUCUUCAACUGGGGCGUUGAACUUCACGAUCCCACCAAGAGCGUAUUCUUGCCGAACACUGCAAGUCUGACAGGACGUGAAGAGUUUGAGGAGGCAGCGAGGAGUGCACUGGCAGAAAGUACGCCGCUGCCUAGAGAGCUGGUUAGCCAGGUAAUCAACUGUCUCUACGAUGGUGAUGAGCCGCCAUUUGUGAUGACGACCAAGUUUUGUACAGGGGACCUGAACAUCUUCCUUCUCUUCCCGGCAACAAAAGAUGAAUGUCAAUUGAUGCAGUCGAGCAUCCAGCGAGAGGUAGAUAAGUGUUUUAAUGAGUUGAAAGCAGCAGAAGAAGAAAAAGGGCAGCGAAACGAAGAAGACGAGCUGGAGACUGAUAAAGACACGGAAGAGAACGAGAGUGACAAAUGCGGCGGCGACGACGACGACGACGAAGAAGGUGAAGAUGAAGAUUCGGACUUGUACAUGAGCUCAGAUUCGGAUGACGGCGGGGCUCAUGAGCAUUCCAUGAGGUUUCCAGAGAAAUUGACCGUACGUCUCAUCCCAUGGAAGUACAGUUGGACUGCAAGCCGACUCGAUCUGCAGCGGUACUGGAAGCUCAUACAUGAACGAUAUGUAUGCCCUGUCAACUUUCUUCUCGAACCUUUACCCGAGAGCGAGCCACAGCCGCAAGCUUCCCCGUUUGGAAGUGUUUAUCAUGGUGCCGGAGGGUUUAUGUUCAUAUCGCGAAACACGAUCGCUCGCAUGGUUCGGCAUGUUUUGACUCGCCCAUCUGAGACAUUCAGAGCUGUUGAGCUGCGGAAAGAAAUGAAGAGAAACAGAGACGCACAAACAAGCCCUGCUAUCACAGAAAUCCUAUACGAACCCGAGCAACCUUUAUAUUAUGUGUCCGCACCCUGGGAGAUCCCACGAGAAGUGGGUAUGGGUAGUCUUGCAGUCUUUCUUCUGACCAACCGUAUUACGGACGAAGACAUUGUGAUAUUCAUCAACGAAAUGGAGGAAAUGGGAGUUCUAGAAGAAGAGUACAAUGAUUAUGACAAGUACUGCCACACGAUACCAUGGAGAGAAGACGAGGAAGAUGCGCCGGACGGGACCAUGGACGACAUCUGGAAGAUGUUUUGCGAGUUGCAUGCCGCGGGCCAUUGCCCGCCAUACUUCUUUGCAGACCAACAGUCCAUAGAGGAGCUAAAUGUGAUCAUGGUUGACGCAGAUACCUGCUCAUGGGAGGACAGCCAUGAACACGCAAGCAAGCUCCUACAGCAAGUGGUUAAUUCGGAUCUCAAAGGCCUGCGAUACGGCCGUCUUGGCUGCUGCGAGGCGAUGACAGCCUGGGAGAGGAUUAAGCGCGGAAAUAUGGAAUUUGUUGACUUUUUCGACGGAGAGGAAGACAAAAUACUUUUCUAUUCCAGACCUGACUUGCAGGGGUUGCUGGAGACCUGA